AUGAACUCCAGCCUCAUAACAAAUAACACGGAAACUUCACUGGCUAGGAAAUCUUCUGACUUCAAUCAAUUGACGGCUUCAGUUUCCGAGCUCACGGCUUCAUUGGACAAAAAGGAAAUAGAAAAGAGACAAGUUGAAGACGAAAGGGAUAUGAUGGCAGGUCGAUUCAAGAAGAUCAGAAGCGACAAGAAAGAGCUCGAAGCUUUCACCAAGACAAGGCUGGCAGCGACCAAAGACAAGUACAUGCGGGGACUGCAGGAGCGGGAUGACAAACUCAAGCAGAAGUAG